CGUCAGUAUUUACAUCAAUAUUUUCUGAAGGCUUUUCCGACAGUGCUUUCCAGCUCGGACAGGGAUUUCGCCCGACGUGGUACGCAGCUUCGCCUGGAGAAACACCUGUGCGCCUCUGCUCUCUGCCGGGCGGCCUCAGCCAUGCAUGCUGAGUAGAGAACAGAUAACCGCAGGGGAGGUGUCUGUCUGCAUUUGUCGGAGAAAAGAAGCGAGAGAGCAGCAGAAACACUGCACAGCCAGACACCAUGCAAGGAAAAACCUGCCCUCAUCGCAAAGUGUUGAAAUGCUAGACCCGAAGAGCAAGAGUUUCACAUCAAAUCAGCAGACUGUUUACAUUGGUGGUGGCCGCAAGAGCCGCUUGACACUAGACUCCAUAACUGUCCGUGUGUGGUUUAAGGCCCCCUUCAGUUAUAAUCGAGAAAAGACACAUUAACUGAUCCUUCAUCAGCACUUUGUGCUUCUGUUGGAUUCAGCAGCCCAGAGGCGAGCCAAGAUGGAGUGGUCACUGGAGAGUGUGAGGGAGAUGGUGGCUGGAGGGAUGCAGUCUGUGAGGGAAUGUGAGAUCUGUGCUUUUGCCAUAGCUAUGUGUGUGCUGCUGCUUUUCAUGUGGUACUGUUACAGAGUGGGCCGCGAGCAUGGCACCAGCCCCCUGCGAGGGAGGUAUCUGGCUGGGCCCAGCCGGAUCGGAGGGGUGGUUGGGGGUUUUAUGAGUUCAGACUGUCGAGGGAGGGGAAAAGGAAAGCAUGGAUCGCUCCUGGAAGAGCAGAAUGGCUUUGCUUUCUGCCAGUCAUCCGAGUGCUUUCGAUGUACCAGCGCCGGCAAGAGCCUGAACCAGAGGCUAUACCACAGCCUGCAGGAAUACGCCAAGCGUUACACCUGGUCAGGUAUGGGCCGGGUCCACAAGGGAGUCCGUGACCAAGGUCGGUACCUCAACAGCCGACCAACUAUCCAGCGGCCAGAAGUCUUCUUCCUUCCCGACCUACCUUCAGCUCCUUUCUUCUCCAGAGAAGUACAGAGACAUGAUGUGGAGCUACUUGAGCAAAGCUUUCCUUCCCUUCUGGCUGAGUUUGAGAGCAUCUACCACCAACCCCCAGCCCGCAGCGGCUCUUCCCUUCCACCAGGCUGGAAAGCUAAUAGCACUCCUCGCGGUCAAUGGUGCACUUACUACCUGGUAAACCAGGGCACCCCGUUGGUCCUCAAUGUCAGGAGAUGUCCACGGGCGUGGCGAGUGCUGGGUCAGCUGCGCACCUUCAUCGCCAACAAUGUCUUUGGAAACGCUUGCUUCUCCGUGCUGACACCUGGAGCUCUCAUUACGGAGCAUUACGGUCCAACAAAUGUCAGGCUGCGCUGCCACCUGGGUCUCAGAGUACCUCCAUCCUGUGAGCUUGUUGUUGGUGGAGAGCCACAGUGCUGGUCUGAGGGCAGCUGUCUGCUUUUUGAUGACUCCUUCCUCCACAGGGCUUUCCAUGACGGCAGCCCAGAGGAUGGCCCCAGGGUGGUUUUCAUGGUGGACCUGUGGCAUCCCAAUGUGGCCGCUGCCGAGAGGCAAGCCUUGGAUUACAUUUUUACUCCGGGCCGUUUAGAGGACAGGGAUGGGAAAUAGUUACAAGUGAGAAACCAAAUCUUUGAGUAAGAAACAGUUUAGAAUAAGUGUCUGUAUGAUUGGGGAGCAACUCUUUUUCUGCCUUCAGACCAGCUUUUCACAUUCACUGUGUACAUAUUAUCCAGCUCUCACAGUAUUGCUCAUAACUCUUCUCAGCAGAUAACCAGACAUUGGGCCUCUCUUAUCAAAAGCUUUUUUACCUGUGGAGCCAUAAUACAUCAUAGAAAAUUAGUAUGGUCUUAUUGUACCUGUAUAUGGUACAAUUCAUCCAAACUUUGUCAUUUCUAAACAUUUUAUGAUUUGGUAAAAUAAUUAACUUUUCUGAUAUGCUGAUGAUUCACUGCUGUUUAUUCAAAGUUUCAUGUUACCUUUAAAAUAUGUUUUGUCCUUGUUUACCCAGAUUGGUGACUUUUCAGAUUGUAAAUAAAAUGUGAACAAAAGUGAAAUAUUCCUGUUAAACGAUGAAGCGCUUAAAUGGAUGUGUCUGCCUUGCUCUUUAAAACAGUUAAAGAGCAACAAGAAAGUAAACACAUUUUAAAGCAAAGUUUUUAAAAUGAAACUGAAUGAUUGAAUGUCAAACAGCCUAUUACUAUGAUGACCCCUAAACACAACUUUUGGCAUCAAAGAUCCCUCAGCUGGGUUAUGUCUGGGUUAGCUGGUUUUGCCACUCAAGGUGUAGCGGUUACUGCAGGUCUGUUUGAUCACUCCAUGCCUCCUUUUGUUCCGCGGUGCCAGGCUGGUUUUUGAAAGCUCACGUGGCUGCAGGAACUUUCUUGGUUGAACUGGGAUUUAUGAACAGACAGAUGCAACUUUGGAGAGGGAGUCAUGUUUGUGGAUUAAUGACAAAAUUGUUUUAAAAAAAGACGCUUAAGUUGCAUUUACAGUGAUCCAAAGGAAGCACAGAAAUUCCCUUUUUUAUUCAACCUUCAGGCAAAAGACUAAUAUUUCUUUACUUCCAACAAAGUAUGAAGAAUAUAAUUUAACUGUUUAUGACACAUAAUCCUUCGUGGUUAAGGUGCCAUUUCUCCUAAGUAGCUAUUAUAAAAUGCGUCGUCAUUACACAUAUAUGCUUUACCACAAGACCAUACUGGACAUUUCCUCCUGUUACAUUACAAAUUACUGAAUGUUUAUCUGCAUACAGAUCAAUGUUGUAACAAAUCAUUCACUAUGUUCGUUUUUUUUUUAAACUUUGGGCUGGUUCAGAAGGAAAAAAAGGAUUUCUGAGAAUGGCGGUGCAGGUCAUACCUUUUUUGUUUUGGUCAUCAGUUAAAGUGGUUAAAUGGUCUGAUAUAGAGUUAUAGAUAUAGAGCAGAGUACAUGCAAUUUACAAGGUUUUAAACUAUCUGAAAAAUUAUAUGUAACUUCAUUCAUGUCAUCUCUUAGAGCAUAAUGGGUCCGUAGGCCAACCAAUUCUGUUAACUAUUAAUGAAGAUUCUUAUGACAUGAGAAUCCUGCCUACAUUUCAACAAGGGCUAAAAAACUAUAAUUUGGUAUUUUUUAUGUAUAUAUAUAUACAUUUGAAUUGCAGUUGAAUUUGCAUUCAGAUUUUCAGGAUGAGCACUUUAGAAUGUAUGUAUUUCUCUGAACAACUGCAUCCUCCUGCUACCAGAAUGUUAACACGUUGUCAAUGAUUGUACUACACAUCACAACCUGCAUACAAUCACAAUUACACAUUAUUUUUGUUCAUUUACUCUUUGAAAAAUCUUGUCUAAGAAGCACAUUAGGUAACAUUUAGGUAGCACAGAACUCAUAAAUAAUCAGGAAGGGAUGAAUUAAACUUUUUUUAUUGAAGGGCUGGAUUAUAGCAGGGAAUAUUUGGCUAUUUCACAUGCACAUCCAGACAAAAGGGACACUAAAAUCUUUCUGCUGAUAUCAGAAAUAGGAUUUGAUAACUGAGGUCCAAUGUUGAUGAUAAUUUGAAUGUUUACAGUUGCAGGUGCUGUCUCUGUCCCCACGCCUACUGGCGAGGUGGUUAAUUGUGAUCACCUUUGAAAAUCACUCCUGUUUUCACUGGAUGUGGUUAGACAAGCACAUUUCAAGUUGAUGUUUUGUGAAUCGGCUUGUGCAGCGACAGAUUUUUGGUAAAAUUUACUAAACUCUUCUAAUUUGGUUGUAUUUGAUAUAUAAGGUUUGUAUUUCUGUAAAUACAUUUGAAGUGGAAAAAAACUAACACCUCGAAUGCCCCGACAUGUCCUAAAAUGACUGUCCCCAAUGCUUUAACUAUUGUGUUGUCUUGAUUUAUAGCUAAAGUGAUUGCAAGUCAUCUUCUGACUGACAAAAGGCAACCAUAAAAAUAAUUUUUGAUAGAUUUGAUCAGAAUGUUCUGUGAAAUGUUUAUGAAGUACUCUCUUUGUUGUUCUGUGAUGUUUUCUUUAGAUCACUGUAAUUUUCCGAGCUCCGUAUGGUACCCAUUAUAAAAAUUACGAUUCUUACUUAUUCAACAAGCCUUCAUGGAUAAAUGUGCGCAGUCUAAAAGGUAGUGAAAAUGAAUCGCGUCAGCUUUACUCGUCGUCCAUUGCAAUUCAAGAGACCCGUUUUAAGUUCUAAUGUUUACAAAGCUGCGAUCAUUUUACAUCAGACAAACACUGACUAUUACGUUGAGCUGUGCAUAAUUGGGUUGAAAAUCAACAGUGCUGCUAAUCCAGUGAAGACAACAAGCUUCCAAACCAUUGGCUUUAUGCACACUGUAUGAUGGGGGACCCAUUUUGUUUACAUUUGGAUUAAGGAUUUUGUCCUUUAAUACUUUCUUGUGUGGAUUUUGAACAGUAUUUCUGUACAUUUAAUAAAUGGUGGAGUAUCUUAUAUAA